AUGGACGGCCUGCGGCAGCGCUUCGAGCGCCUUCUGGAACAGAGGAACUUGGCCACCGAAGCGCUAGGGGCUCUCGAAGCCAAGACAGGUGUCGACAAGCGGUACUUGGCCGCGGGAGCCGCCACUCUCCUAAGCCUGUAUCUUCUCUUCGGCUUCGGGGCGUCUCUACUGUGCAAUGUAAUCGGCUUUGUGUACCCAGCAUAUGCUUCAAUCAAAGCAAUCGAGAGCCCAAGCAAAGACGACGACACUGUGUGGCUCACCUACUGGGUGGUGUACGGCCUGUUCGGGCUGGCCGAGUUCUUCAGCGAUCUACUCCUGUCCUGGUUCCCUUUCUACUACGCGGGCAAGUGCGCCUUCCUGUUGUUCUGCAUGAUUCCCGGGCCUUGGAACGGGGCGCACAUGCUGUAUCAUCACGCCAUUCGUCCACUCUUUCUAAAGCAUCACGAGGCCGUGGACAGCGUCGUGAGAGAGUUCAGCGGGCGAGCUCUAGACGUGGCAGCGGGAAUAACCCGGGACGUCCUGCAGACCCUGGCCCGUGGCCGGGCUCUCGUCACCCCCACAGCUGCCCUGGGAGCUGACCCCAAAGCAAGCGUGAGUCUGCUCCAGAAGGACAAGUGAAGGUCUCGCCCAGCGUGUCCACACAGCUGCUGGCUGGUGACCUGGGGGGCACACGCCAGCCCAAGUCAUCCACGGAUUCGUCGGCGCACUCCCGGGUGGGGCCC